ACUCCAGUCCAGUAGGUGGUAGUAAUGCACCUAUCAGCUGGUUUGCUCCUCUCAGUGCGUCUUUAGCACCACCUGGUGGUCAACACAGGAUAGUGCAGGCAAAGAUGGCAGCCACCAUGAGGACGUUGUGUUGUUCAGUGUUGAGGCACUCCAGCAGGCAGUUCAGCACAACAUGUGGAGCACAGGCUGGACAGAAGUGGAGGAAAGAACAUGGACUUGCUCGAAGUGGCACAGAAUACGGCCCUCUGACAGACCUGCCUGAUUGGUCGUUUGCAGACGGGAGACCAGCACCUCUAAUGAAGGGACAGCUGAGAAGAAAGCAAGAGAGGGAAGAUUUAGCGAGACGCAUCGUGAUGCUGAACUCGGAGGUGGACACAGGAAUGGAGGCGUGGAGCGAAAAGCAAGAAGCGGCCAAAAGAACGGAGGAGCACAAAAAGUCUCUUUUACUCAAACCUAAAGGGAAGUUGUUAAUGAAGACAAAAGCUAAAAGUUAGAAAACACGUCAUCAUCGUAAUCAGCUUCCUCAUUCUGAACUGUUGAAUAUAUUUAAGAGGACUUUUGGGUUUUCUCCUGAUUUACAGUUUGUUUUUCACUAUUCAUGGAUUUCUGCAAUAAAUGCUUUGAUUUAUAUAGAUA